AUGAGACAGGGGAAUGAUUCUGCUACAGAAAGCUCGACCUCUGUUGCAGGCGCUCGGCCGAGGAGAUGGUGCCGCCGCAUUGCAACAACGCCAGGAUAUGGCCAGGACCUAGAGAGUAAUAACAAAUCCGAGUCGUACAGUAAUCAUGUCGACUCUGGAAUGAACUCGCCAAAUAUCGAAGCGAGCUUAGAUCUGAGCAUCCCCGUACGCAAAUCAAACGAUACUACCAUGGAUGAUGCUUUCGUAUUCGAACAAUUCUUCGUAUCGCCUGAUGGUGUGGACUUGACCGACUACCAGCUGCCAACAACCACAGCUCCCAAUGGAGACCAAAGCUCCCACCCAGAAAAGAACGGCAUUUCCGAAGAGCACUUGGCCUUCCCCCAUAUGGAUUUUGACAUGCCACUAUAUCCGCAUGAAGAUGAGAUAGGCCCAACCACUCGUCUCGGAGGCGCUGCCCAAUUGGAAACGCAAGCUGAACCAAUCUCGCUCUUGCAUCAGCUCUGCGAGUUACAUAUACGACUAUUAAGCCUACAGAAGAUGCAACAAGAUACCAAACCGUUCCAAGAUACUGGUACGCAAUCUGGGACAAGUCCAGAUUCAAGGAAUCGGGAUGCAAGUCUUUCCGAUCAUAUUGUAGAUCUCUACGCAGCUACAGAGGAUCUAAUCAGUUUGGUAACGUCGGUUUCCAGUUUAGCACGGCCUCCACAGGAAGAUGAUGCUUGUCCCUCUCCAGGUGAUGGCUUUUCCAGCAGGAGAUUCAGUCCCCGCGAGGGCUCGCAUAUCUCUACGGCGCUCAUGAUUUCGAAUUGCUAUGUUUGUCUUCUUCACACCUAUGAGCUUUUGGUUGAAAAUAUAUGGAGGAGCAAUGGAAACAAAUUUAGCAGUAGGGCGAGGAGUGACAGGAACGCCGACUUCGCCACCAACCCUUCGGACACCAUCUCGGCGCACCACACAGAAUUGGCGUCAUCUGCAGGCACCAACAACAGCCUCCCAAGAUUCCGCAUUGGACUGUCACAGUUUACCAUGCCAGUCACGAUAAAUCAAGACAUGCAUAUGUACUUCAUCGCUCAGAUGAUGGAACGUUUGCGCGCGGCUAUUUGGACGUGCAUUCCCUCAUCUCGUGUCGAGGAGCAGACAUCCGUGCCAACUGAGUACGUUGGCAAGACACAAAACCAUUCAGAUCUGGACUCCGAUACGGUACAGUCUCGGCGCAGACCCUCAACGGCUCUGUUACAUAUCGUAUCGUCGGAGCUCGAAGUCUCCGAGCAAAGCCUGAUGGCAUUACUACACCAGAGUGGACGUGGGAGUGGGUAA